AUGGCAAGUGCCCCUCCUGAACAGAAUCAGAAUCACUGCUCAGCCAUAAACAACAGCAUCCCACUGAUGCAGGGCAACCUCCCCACACUGACAUUAUCUGGAAAGAUCCGAGUGACGGUUACUUUCUUCCUUUUUCUACUCUCUACAACUUUUAAUGCUUCUUUCUUGUUGAAACUUCAGAAGUGGACUCAGAAGAAAGAGAAAGGAAAAAAGCUUUCGAGAAUGAAGAUGCUUUUAAAACAUCUGACCUUAGCCAACCUGUUGGAGACUCUGCUUGUCAUGCCACUAGAUGGGAUGUGGAAUAUUACAGUUCAAUGGUAUGCUGGAGAGCUCCUCUGCAAAGUUCUCAGCUAUCUGAAGCUUUUCUCCAUGUAUGCCCCAGCUUUCAUGAUGGUAGUGAUCAGCCUAGACCGCUCCCUGGCCAUCACGAGGCCUCUAGCUAUGAAAAGCAAUGGCAAGCUCGGACAGUCCAUGAUUGGCUUGGCAUGGCUCCUCAGUAGUAUCCUUGCUGGACCACAGUUAUACAUCUUCCGGAUGAUCCACUUAGCAGACAGCUCUGGGCAGACAGAUGGUUUCUCUCAAUGUGUCACACAUUGCAGUUUUCCACAAUGGUGGCAUCAGGCCUUUUAUAACUUUUUCACCUUCAGCUGCCUCUUCAUCAUCCCUCUUCUCAUCAUGUUAAUCUGCAAUGCAAAAAUCAUCUUCACCCUGACACAGGUCCUUCAUCAAGAUCCCCACAAAUUACAACUGAAUCAAUCUAAGAACAAUAUACCAAGAGCUCGGCUGAGGACCCUAAAGAUGACAGUUGCAUUUGCCACUUCAUUUACUGUCUGCUGGACUCCCUACUAUGUCCUAGGAAUUUGGUACUGGUUUGAUCCUGAAAUGUUAAAUAGGGUGUCAGAUCCAGUAAAUCACUUCUUCUUUCUUUUUGCUCUUUUAAAUCCAUGCUUUGAUCCACUUAUAUAUGGGUAUUUCUCUCUGUAA